AUGCUAUACCGCUUGAAACGAGUCGGUCAAGAGUCGGCACCGUUGACACAGAUUGAGCCCAGUGUCGGCACCGGUGGGCAGCGAUGGCUGCGCCGGUGGACUGUCGUCCGCACCGCUCGUCACCGUAGUGGCAGUAGUGGUAGUGAUCGUCGCGAUCGUCACCACAGUCUCAACCAUCGACGCCAUCAACAGCUGCUCAGAGACCACAUCCAUCACAACCUCCACAACAGUCACCACCAGAACAACAACAACACAAACCCCGCGAUAGUCAACACCAACAGAGGCUUGUCGUCGUCGUCGACCACCUCUUCGGCCGCCACCGCCGUCAUCGACAUCGACGCCGCCAUCAAUAGGCUUGCGUGUCGCUUCUCGCACGACACGGACCUAUCGGUGCCCAUACCGGAGACCGUCUGCUGGUAUUACCUGUACGGCCACUGUAUGUUCGGCGAGUCCUGUCGUUUCGUACAUCUGGACGCCGCCGGCAUUUUGGCCAACCAUUACCACCAAUACGAAGCUCAUCCGCCGGCCAGCGCCUCCACCGCAGCCGUCACCGCCACCAACACCGGUGGCCAAACCGCAGCCAAUACGGGCCGUACGUACGCCCAAAUGGCGCACACCGUCAGCACCGGCGCACCAACACCUCAACCACCGGCGGCACCGCCUCUACGUUCGGGCGCCACGAGUGGCCAACUGUGUCCGUACGCGGCGCAGAGCAUCGAAGGGCUGUGCCCUUACCCGGAGGGCCAGUGCCACUACACGCACGGUGUGAUGUGCGAGUUGUGCGGACACCACUGCCUGCACCCGGACGACAGGGCCCAACAGGCGCGCCAUCGGGACGAGUGUGUGCGCGAACACGAGCGGGAAAUGGAGCUCUCGUUCGCCGUCCAGCGCUCGCUGGACAAGGCGUGCGGCAUAUGUAUGGACAUUGUGUUCGAGAAAGAGCCGGCCACUGAGCGCCGCUUCGGUAUACUCCAGAGCUGUUCCCACAUCUUCUGCUUGUCGUGCAUCCGGAAGUGGCGCCAAACCAAACAGUUCGAGAACCGCACGAUUAGGGCGUGCCCUGAGUGUCGGGUGCCCUCAGACUUUGUCAUACCGUCGAAGUACUGGUACGACGACCGGUCGGAGAAGGACUCACUCAUCGAGAGCUACAAACAGGCGUUGAGUACGAAGCCGUGCAAAUACUUCCAACAGGGACGGGGCGAGUGUCCGUUCGCCGGCGCCUGUUUCUACCUUCACGCCGGACCCGACGGCCGCCGCGUAGAGAUGCCUCCCCCGCGGCAACAGCGCCGCCGCGCCAACCAAGAGGGCGAGUUGGAGACACUGCGCGAUAUGUUGCUCUGGAACUAUCUGGAGGUCAGGGAUGAUAAUCAUUGGCUACUGACGCUCGACUUGGAGGACGUGUUCGACAUCCAAGAGAUGGGUUUACUGUCCGGUUAUGACACCGACGAUGACGACGAAGAGGACGACGACUCAGAUAUUAGCGAUUUUAAUAGCGCGGAUGUGAUCGGAUGA